AUGGAAAUUGAAGAAGACCAAAAAGAGACUAAACCACUUACUACUAAAACCUUUAAUGAACUCAUUAGGGCCCUAGACUCACAAGCAUCACAUACUUCAUUUGGAGUGCUACCUCUAUCUGUGGAAAAGACUGCUCCUAAUUACAGUUUUCCCCUUGCUAAGAAGGAUGAUGGAGACAAGAUAGUAACAGACCAGGAGAUGGCAAAGACACAAUUUGCUAGCAAGCAUUCUCCAGGCCCUGUCUAUGUGUAUCAAGAUGAUACUAAAUAUCAGGCUGCACCAAAGUUUGGCUUUGGGACCGCUCCCAAAAUUGAGCCUACAAAGCCAAAGUAUGACUAUUAUGAAAUUGACAAGAUCAUCGAUUACCCAAUAGAAGCUGAUAAAGCUAGAAAGAAGAGAUGAUGAGUUCCAAAGAUAGGCACAGAGCCGAGAAUGCCAGUAUCUUUUUUCUCUAGAUCUCCAGGACCAGAUUAUAAUGUUAACCAGAAACCUAACGCGAAAAAUUCGGAAAAGUAUACGUUUGGGUACCGAAGAUCAAAGGGAGCCCAAGAUAGUUUAAUGAAUAAGACUUCUACAACUAAGACAGUAGGACCAGGAAGAUAUGUACCUGAGUCGUGUCAAAACCCGAGUAACAAGAAAAACAACCCUAAAUGGACACUUCCUAAGGCUAGAAGAAGUUUAGAUCAGUCCAAAAGCCUCACGAAGCAUCAGACUUAUGAUACGAGGUCAUCUGUUGGGAAGCAAUACACAUCCAAAAACAAGAAUGCAAGAGCUGCUCAUUUUGGAACUGCAAGCAGAGAUGCCAAGGUAGGCCACUUCAGGGACACAAUGGCAGGAGCCAUGAAGGUCAGAAUGCCUCAUGCGUCAUACUAAGGAACCCUU